UGGGGAAGUGGAUGUCAUUCUUUCUUUAUAUACUGUGCUCAAGCAAAUCCAGAGUCUUGGGCUUCUUAGAUAUUUUUGGAAUUUUUAGUAAUUCCCCCUCCUAUUCAUUUGAAAGUGGGUGAUUCUGUGACUAAAGUACAAUUUCUUGUUGUUUUUGUUUUUUUUUCUUUACAUUUUUUUUGUCUCCUCGUGUUCUCAGUAGAAAUAGUGUCAGGCACACUGUGAACUCACUGUGAGAGUGUCUACAUUUUUUUUUUCAAUGCUUGAUGGUAUCUGGGAUUUGAUAUUCGAAAGUUAAGUGUAGCAUUUGGAAUAAUGAGUUCUGAUAGUUUUCCAUCCAAAUCGGAGGUUCUGAGCUGGGAUUCGCAACGGUUAGCAGACUUUCUGAAGAAACGGAAUCUAACUGGGUGUGAUAAGGUUGUGACACGGCAUAGCAUCAAUGGCCAAAGGUUCCUGAGUAUGUCUGACAAUGACCUUCAAAAGUUCCCUAAGCUUCAUGCACCGCUUAUCUCAAAAAUUUGUCAGGAAAUCAACAAGAAGAGGUUCUUUCCGGCGAUUCCAACAAUAAGGCCAUCCCCAGUUCCCAGCUUCCCACAACCACCAGUCGAGCAUCAUGAGGAUCAAGCGUGGGACUCUGAAGAGUUUGAUAGCGAUGAUGACUAUGAGAAUCCUGACUCGAAUGAUGAAGGUGAAGCUAGCGGUGGAGACUAUGAGUCCCCAGAGGAAGGGUCCGACAGUGACAACAGCUAUGAGCCUCCACCGACCGAGCCUAAUGAAGACAUGGCUCAGAUCUGCCCGGCAAAACCCAUGGAAAACAGUGAUUAUAUUGAUAGUAACCGAGAGAGCAGAAGUCAACCCCCUGUCCCUCCAGAGCGCCCAGGCCCUGGACCCGCUCUCCCUCUCCCUGUAGAGCGGCCAAGUGUGAGUCCAUCAUAUUUCCAAACAGUUGGGCUGCCUAUGAGAGAAGAGCGGCCUCUAAAAAGACCCCAAGCACCUGCCGUGGACCGCAGCAAAAAGCCAGGAGCUCUGGACAGAAACCACCCUCCAGCUGUAGCAGGUGGAAGAGGCACGUGCUCGCUUGACAAAGUUGGCCAACUGCAAGGAAGACCUGCAAUGGAGCCACCAGGAGACCCAAUAAGGAUUCCCAAACCCUCUCUUCCAGGGGUGCACAGAAGUGCCUCCUCUGUUACACCAGGCUAUCAGAACAGAAAACCUGAGCACAUGAAGGAGCGGUUUCAUGAUGACACUGCCAUGCACAACUCCAACACAUUCCCAAUGCACACCAGGAACCUUUCACCAAGGCCGCCGGGAACCCACGGAAAGUCCUAUCAAACAGACAAUGUUCACCCCAAUCGAUCACUACCAGCAAAACUGCAGGAGGCAAUGAACGAUCACCAAAGAAGUGCAAGAGGACCACCACUACAUGCAGACAUGGGCAGCAAGCAGGACAUGGAUCCAGCUUGGUACGUGGGUCAGAUCACCCGCCGUGAGGCAGAGAAAUGCCUGACAAGAGUUAACAGGGAUGGGACGUUCCUUGUGCGGGACAGUUCAAAUCGAUCUUCUAACCAGCCCUACACACUCGUGGUCCUGUACCAGGAUAAAGUUUACAAUAUACAGAUCCGCAGAAAUCAAGAUGGCUUCAUGCUAGGCACUGGUCUGAAAUCCUACGAGACUUUCGAGCGGGUCAGCGACAUUAUCAACCAGCACAAACACAAGCCACUUCUUCUAAUCGAUGCGAAGAACCGAGAAUCAAGCCAACAGAACCAGUGUGCUUUGAUUUAUCCAGCUAGAUAUUAAACCUUCAUUCUACACAAAACUAAAUGACAGUAACCAGUUUUGGUUAUUACAUUUAAUUUAGUUUCACUCAAAUCAACACAUCAUUCAUAACCGUUUAAUUCUCCCAGGUCUGUAAAAAUAUGACUUUGGUAGUCUGUAGCUACAACAUUAUUAAGUUCUGAAUGCUGGACAUUCCAUGAAUACAUGUUCAUAUGAAAAACAUAAUGAUAAAUCAAUACUUUAUCAAUA